UACCCUGAACUGGUAGAACUGGUUUUCUGCUGACCCGUUGUGGGAGGGGACCUGUGAGCAGACAACAACAUAAAAAUAACUCUCUAACAAAACUUCACAACAAGAAUGAAGACAUUGAGCAUCUUCAAGGUGACGAUUGAGAGUAACCUAACGUCCAGAAGUUGAGGCCUACGUGAAUUCGCGAUGGUGGCCCACGAUGAACACGAGUUCGACAAGCGGCACAUGGCACCGCUGGGCCUGAGCCCCGAGGCCAAAUACUCCAUCAUAGCCGCCUGUGCCACGUUUGCCGUGGUCGUCUUCAUCUUCGUCAUCUGUAAGUGGGCCCGGGACUGGAGGUUCAGCAACUGCUGCGGCAGAGAGAUACAAACCCCCACAGACAGCGAUAUUGACGAAAAGGAGCAUGGUUGGUCGUCCCACAUCGUCUGGGGCGAACCUGCAACUUCCGACUACGAGUCUGACGCCAACGGUCACAACAAGCCCAGAAAUGUGUCCCCGUCAUUCAUGCCGUAUCACCCGCAGGCGCGUUUGGACUACAACCAACUGAUAGAAGAUGACCUCGACAUUCCAAAGAGCUUAGACAGUGGGAUUUUAUCCAUACGUCCAGUAAACGAACAGUCAGUACAACUUACAUCCGCGCCCCCGUCUCCUGAAUACAGAGCGAAGCUGCGUUUCACCCUACAUGCGCUGGACCUACUGUUCAUCACCAUCCACGAGAUCAAAGACCUCCCGCCUAGAAUGGACGAACCCGUGAACACUUACGUCAAAGCUAGCCUGUCCCUAACAGAAGAGGCCAAGAGAAACGCAGAACAGUACAGCAAAGACUUGAGUAGGAUACACAGACUGAGGUGGCAAACGGCUAUCCAGAAGAAGAGCCUGAACCCUGUGUACGAGGAGCGGUUUGAAGCGGAAGUGCGUGAGGACGAGAUUUGGAAGUUCAUGCUCAACGUGGAAGUGUUCGAGUACGACAAGUUCUCGCGAGACUACAGCAUCGGGGUUCUACACUUUCCUCUGAGGGGCUUGAGGCUGGGAGAUGGGCGGACGUUCUGGCAGGAUCUCAAGCCAGCUAAGCAAGACAGCCUUGGAGAGAUCCUGUUCACCUUGAACUACCUCCCCACGGCGGAGAAACUGACUGUCGUCGUCAUCAAGGUCAAGGAUAUGGUGACGGGAAAAGCGACAUCUAAAUCAAUGUUCGUGAAGGUCUGCUUAGUUCAACAUCAUAAACAAGUCAAGAAGAAGACGAGACUCCACAAGAUAGCCCCGGAGAUAGUCCUUAAUGAUAGCAUUUCAUUUGACCUACCACAUGAACACUUGGAUGAUGUCCGCGCCAUUUUGUUCUUGUGUAUCCCACAAUACACAUCUAGAUCCGGGUCAAUAAGGUAUGACGUGUUAGGUCAGGUGAUGGUUGGUUCCGGUUGCAGAGGUCCCGGCCAGGAGCACUGGAUACAGAUGACGCGGUCGCCAAGGCGACCAGUCGCAAGAUGGCAUCUGGUCACGUGAGCCACGAUGACAUAUUAUCAUACAAUACAAUCAUUAUAAGGAUGACAUCCGGGAUCCGGGCACGGGUAUGCAUUUUCUGUCGUUUCCUAAGAAAGUUAGCGACCAUAUCCUAAACCAUUCAAAAUGCUGCAAAAAAAGAGGAAAUUUCUGCUGUAAGUUACACAAAAAUAACGAAAAACGUAACCUUUUUCAUGCGUCACUUGAGUGAAGCCACUUGAGUGACGUCUUCCAAAGUCGAACAAGCGGUGAGAGAUGAAAAACACAGACUUCAUUGUUAGAUAUACCAUUUUCUUCUUGUGAGGUCAUUGAUUUUUUGUUCUUGGCUAUUUAGAUUUCAUAAUGAAGGCAACUUUUUUUUGCACACUCGCAUCAGUUUUUGGGUGCCAUGAGGAUCGAACCAGCAUAACCGAAACUUCAAACAAAUUUUACUUGGUAAACUGUAAUUGUAAAAAUAAAUGGAAUGAAAUUGUAUUAUAUGUGUGACAUGUGCAAUGCUCUUAAUGGUGAAAAUUAAGGAAAAUGACAUAAGUGAUAACAGUGAAGAAAUAGAUAGACGUAUGCUCUGUAUAUAAUCUUUUUGCUCAGUCGAAAAUGUAUAAAUAACUAAUAACAAUGUACCGAGCAACAGAAAACUCGUUUCAGAUGUUAAACAAUAGAUGGAAACUUGCAAUUAAAGAUGGUUAUUGAUAUUGGAA